AUGACACUUAAUUCAUCUAGUAAGACAACAGCGACGACAGAAAUUAGAAGAAACGGUAUUAAUACGCAAAAUUGCUCACCAAUCUUUAACGAACAGGAUCAUUUACCUCUUUCACAUAUACAAGAAAAGUUAAAAGGCGACGACGCUCCUUUGAAUGUCGACAGCUUUUUAAUUAAACCAAUACAAUCUAGACACACUACACCUACUUUUGUGAUUACAAGUAAUGAUGCAGUUAUCGGUCGUAUUAUGAAUUUAGUCGAUACUAUUGGAGUAGAUUCUACUCAAGGAACCACUCAAGAGACCGAGAAUACUUCCUCUGAAAAUCCAAUUGAAAAUGUGACAGAAAAGGAUGGUUCAAAAGAUAAUUCAAAAGAAGAACCAAUUGUUUUCAUGAAUGCUCGAGAGAAUAGAAUCGAAUCAAUGACGGAAGGUUUGAUCAAUUUUGACGAAAUAAUUAGCGAUAAUCUUAAACUUUCUUCAAACGAAUCAGCAGAAGAAAAGGAUAACACC